UUUCAAAAUUCAGUUCGGAAGCGUCCGCCAUCGGUACACUUCCAACCAAUUCAUCGCGAAAGGAAGAAAACUACACCAAACAGCACACAGUUACUAUGAAUAACUGGCGUUUACUACUACUUGCGGUAGUCGCGGUUUUUCAACCUAUCACAUCUUUCACCGAUCGUAACCUCAUUGAUGGAAGGCAGCAGUGUUGCGAUCGUCUUUCACCAGCUCUGCUUCGAGAUACGAGGUCUCCGUUUGAUGGAACAAACCGGCUCGCCAAAACUUCUUCUGUUUUAAGACGUCUGAACGAUCGUGAGGACAUUCAUGAAGACCGACGGUAUGAACUGAAGCAACGCGACUACAGUCGUUCUGUGACAGAGAGACCAUCGAUAAAUAACAGAGAAAGAGUUUUACGACUAGAACCCUCUGUUACAGUCAGGGCAUCUCUUGAGUCACGGGUGGACGGUCGAGAGAAUUCCUUUAGUCGUGGACGGCUUCUAGAUGUACAACGGCAGGCAGCCGCUCGAUCUGCUGGAGACCUAACACGUAAAAUUGUACUUCGUACUUCUAGGAAUGCCGUAGAACGCCGAGAUGACAGGAUUUCCACCGAGUCAACACACGAUAGGAUGUUUAGAGAUGAUCACCGAACUGGACGUAAUCUUCAACGAGAAACACAAAGGGAACAAUUCAGAUACGAAGAUCGUAGACUCGCCCGGAACACACUUCAACCUGAAAGCAGUAUGAUUAAUCGACGUGUUACAAGGGAGAGGCUUAGUGUGACCCGACGUGAAGAUUUGCAACCCAUUCGCGAACAGAUAUUUGGAGAACGCCGAGAUAUCAAAACUGAAGAUCGACGCGAAAUGAGGCUAUCUGCACGAUCUUUUGACUCAGAAAGUCGAAAUAUCCGUGAACUCAGAGACGAGUCCAGGGCAACCCGAACUGCUGAUGAAGAGCGACGACAUGCUCGCGAUAUGAGGAGUGUGCCUGGACUGAGUCGAUUUGUUAUAGCGGAACGACGAUCUACUGAUGAAGAACGCCGAAAUACUCGGGAAAUGAGGGUCGUUAUUGAUGAACGCCGAAACUUCCGUGAUACGAGGGUGGAACUUAGAUUAAGCCGAUCUGCUGAUGUAGAACGUAGAAAUUCCCGUGAAAUGAGGGACGAACCUAAGCUGAGUCGAACUUCUUCCAUAGAACGCCAAAAUACCCGUGAAAUGAAAGAUGAAUCUAGGUUAAGCCGAUCAGUUGACGAAGAACGUCGAAACUUCCGCGAUGUCAGAGCCGGACUGAGGUUAAGGCGAUCUGCUGAUGAAGAACGCAGACAUACUCGCGAAAAUCGAGAUGAAAUUCGAACCGGUAAUGAUGAACGCCAAAACUCCCGUGAAAUGAGAGACGAAUCUAGACUUAGCCGAACUGUUGCCGCAGAACGUAGGAAUUCUCGCGAAAUGAGCGACGAAUCCAGACAAGAUCGACCAGCUCUCGUGGAUCGCCGAAAUAUCCGCGAAAUGCGAACCGCAUCCAGACUAAGUCGAACUGCUGCUGUAGAACGCCAAAAUACCCGUGAAAUGAGGGACGAAACUAGAUUAGACUCAUCUUCUGAAACAAAACGCCAAAACUUCCGCGAUAUACGAAACUCUAGGUUCACCCGAUCUGUUGAUGGAGAACGCCGCAAUACCCACCAAAUCAAAGAAACUACAGACGAAGAACGCCGAAAUAUCCGCGACAUGAGAGUAGAACUCAGUAGAUUUGCUGGUUCAGAACAGAGGAAUUCUCGGGAAAUGAGGACUGAAUCUAGGCUAAGUCGAUCUGCUGACGUAGAACGUCAAAAUACCCGCGAAAUGAGGAGCACACCUCGGCUAAAUCGGGAUACAGAAUCAGAACGUCAAAACUACCGUGAAAUAAGACAGGAUUCUAGGUUAAGCCGAUCUGCUGAUGAGGAACGCCUGAACUUCCGUGAUGUAAGGGCCGGACUGAGACAAAGUAGAUCAAUCGACGUAGAACUAAGAAAUACCCGCAAAGUGAGGGACGAAUCUAGAUUAGGUCGAUCUGUUUCCGAAGAACGCCGAAACGUGCGUGAAAUAAGAGAAACUACUGAUGUCGAACGCCGAAACUUCCGUGAUUUGAGGAACGGAGUUCGACUAAGCAGAUCUGUUGACGCAGAGCGUAGGAAUUCCCGCGAAAUGAGGGAUGAAUCUAGGCUAAGCCCAUCGUCGGAAACAGAACGCCAGAACUCUCGUGAAAUAAAGGAAGAAUCAAGACUAAGCCGAACUGUUGAUAGAGAACGCCGAAAUACCCGCGAAAUGAGGGAAACUACUGAUGAAGAACGCAGGAACUUCCGUGACGUACGAGCCGGAGUGAGGCUAACCAGAUCUGUUGAUACAGAACGCAGACAAUCCCGUGAAAUGAGGGACGAGUCUAGAUUAGAUCGAUCCGCUGCCAUAGAACGCAGAAAUACCCGCGAAAUGAGGGAAACUACUGAUGAAGAACGCAGGAACUUCCGUGACGUACGAGCCGGAGUGAGGCUAACCAGAUCUGUUGAUACUGAACGCAGACAAUCCCGUGAAAUGAGGGACGAAUCUAGGUUAGAUCGAUCCGCUGCCGUAGAACGCAGAAAUACCCGCGAAAUGAGGGAAACUACUGAUGAAGAACGCAGGAACUUCCGUGACGUACGAGCCGGAGUGAGGCUAACCAGAUCUGUUGAUACAGAACGCAGACAAUCCCGUGAAAUGAGGGACGAAUCUAGGUUAGAUCGAUCCGCUGCCGUGGAACGCAGAAAUACCCGCGAAAUGAGGGAAACUACUGAUGAAGAACGCAGGAACUUCCGUGACGUACGAGCCGGAGUGAGGCUAACCAGAUCUGUUGAUACUGAACGCAGACAAUCCCGUGAAAUGAGGGACGAAUCUAGGUUAGAUCGAUCCGCUGCCGUGGAACGCAGAAAUACCCGCGAAAUGAGGGAAACUACUGAUGAAGAACGCAGGAACUUCCGUGACGUACGAGCCGGAGUGAGGCUAAGUAGAUCUGCUGACACAGAGCGCAGACAUUCCCGCGAAAUGAGGGACGACUCUAGGCUAAGUCGCAAUUCUCGUGAAGUAAGAGAUGAAUCCAGGCGAAGCCAAUUUGUUGAUUUAGAACGCCGUAGCAAAGUACAGCACGACAGACUAGAACUUAGCAGGAAAAAUGAAAAUAGGCAACGAGAGCUAGUUGAAGCUCGUUCGCAAAAUGUACUACUGUCCAGAAAUCGCGACCAGAUUUCAAUGAUAGUCAACAAAAUGGAAUCAGAAAAAGAAUUUACCACAGCUAACUGGCAAUAUGUUCUGUACACAUUGCAAGCUGCCUACUUGUGCGCCCUCUUCCUGCAGUUGCUGAAACCAAGCCACACAGAGAAGUCACAUAUCAGGAGUUUCAGUUGGCUGCCUGUGUCUUCUCACUACAACCCCAUCAAAGUGGACUAAACGGCGACGCUAUAUUGACAUUUAUAAUCUCUACAUGCUAAUGUUGUAAGCUUAUAGAAUAUAUUCAAUGUUAUUACGAUCUCUUAUUCUAAUAUAUUCCUAAAUAAUAAAUUAUCGUGUGUUAUAAUA